GCUUUUCGGUAUCUAGCGCGCGUAAGUGAGGCGGAGAAAGCGUCUAGUCUGUCACUUGAGGCUCUUGAGCCCCUGUUACUGGCACGUCUUGCCCCCACAGGAGGCGGAGUGACUAAACGCUGGUGUAGCCAAAGUCGUGAAAAUGAGAUUUUGAACAUUUAAAAUACCCAGCUCUUCUUAUGCGACGGAGAGUGCUGGGAGAAAGAGCAUCAUGAUCGCAAAGAUGGGUGAUGAUGAGAAGCAGCCAUCUCAGAAGUCUCCGGGGAUGGAGACGCAGUUUGCUGCCAUCUUGGCGGAUGCUGCGAAGCUCUUCAAAGAUCCAUCCGACAAAGGCCUAACACUAGACGAAUUUCUGAAGCCACCGAUGAAGACAAUAUCCGAUUUAAAGCAGCAGUUGACGACUCAGAAUGAUCAGUUUAGCCACUUUCGAGAAAAGCGCCAGAGUAUCUUCGAUGCCAUCGCAGUGACUCUACGACCGAUAGAGUUGAUAGGAGACAUUGUUGCUGAGGGAGUUUCAGAAGCUUUCCCGCCGGCACAGGGUAUCUUUGCUGCGGUCAUGUAUCUCAUAAACGCUGCGCACGAUGUUUCUUCCAUGUACGACUCAAUAUUAGAGCUAUUUAACCAACUCAAGGACUUCACAUCGAGGCUUGAUGUGUACUUAAACCACGCACUUAGUCCUGCACUGCGUGAUAAACUCGUUACCAUACUGGCGACUUUGUUCGAGGUUCUCGUUAUCGCCACCAAAGUCGCGCGCAGUGGAAGAUUUAAGGCCUAUUUCAAGAAACUCGUUGGAAUCGAGAGUCCUGUUCAACCAGCGCUGGAAAGGCUCAAUGCCCUUACUCUAGGAGAAGAGCGGCAAGUCAUUGCAGAGACUUAUGGCGGUGUCGCCGAACUCAACCUCAAGACAGACAAAGUCGAGAACCUCGUCGCACAAAUGAAUCAAAAUAUUCUGGACAUGAGGUUGGGACAGCAACAAAAUGGAGGUCUUUCCUACAGAGACAGAUUGAGAGAGGUCUUAGAACCUACUCCGUAUGCGGAAGACUCGUACAAUGCAUUCAACAAGUAUAGAGUCCAAGGUACUGGUGACUGGCUGCUGGAAGAUGAAGGGUUGAAGUCUUGGAUUCAGGGCGAGACUCGCCAUCUAUGGGUGUGCGGUAAUCCUGGCACCGGCAAAUCUUUCCUAACAUCACGACUUAUUACAUGGGGCCUCGAGAAUCUCCCACAGCUAGGAUAUUUCUUCUUCUCCGCCAAUGAUCCCGAGACAAGAUCUGUGCUGCAGGCUUUACGCGAUGUCGCAUAUCAACUUAGCGAAACGGAUGCAUUUUAUGCCGAGAAACUCGCAAGGCAGCUUCAUAGCAGCGACGAUAUCAAGACGGUGCCCAGCGCAUUCAGAAGACUUUUUGUACAGCCGUUCUUGGAUGAUACCCGCGAUAAGACUACUUACAUCUUUCUCGACGGCAUUGACGAGGCGGAACAGAGUGACAUCGAGCAGCUUCUCUCCUUGCUUGCCCCCGAAGACGACUCUGAGCCGUCAAAAUUGCAAUUCGCAUUGACUGGAAGGUCUUAUUUGGCAGACAUAGUGUCUUUUGCAUUGGAUCCGAAUGCAGUUGGUCAGGUAUAUACAACGAUUUACGUGACACCGGAUCGGAUUGCAGAUGAUGUGAGCGCCUUCAUCUCUGAAGGCGUGCGGCAUUCAAGGAUACUCAGUCGAUCUCCGGAGGAUUUCAAGCAAGAAGUCAUCGAGUCCAUGAAGAAGCAAGUCGACGGCCUCUUCAUUCUAGCAAAAUUUAUGCUCAACGAGAUCAAUCAGAAGCGACACCCCAGUUCGAUCCUCAAAAGCUUGAAAUCCUAUCCAAAGGAGAUUAACGGAAUGCUCAACGAGACACUCGCCAAUCUCUCUGUCACCAUCUCGGAGGAGGAUGCUCGUGACCUUAGCGAGAUGCUGCAGUGGGUGUCUUGUGCCGAAGAAUCGCUCACGUUGGAGCAGUUGGAAGCUGCGCUCAUCAUGAAAUUCGGAGAUCCUCCCCUGCGACUUGAGGAGUCAUUGCGGGGCCAAUACUCGUGCUUCUUUGCACUUGAGCGUGAAGAUGGAUUGACCACGGAUGAUCUGCUCAAAGACUUUGCGAGAACGCAUCGAGAGGUGUAUCUGGAUAGAAAUUAUAGGAAUGAAAGCCCGCGUCCUCGAGGCCUCAGUUCUUCUGAUACUAGCAGUCCUGGUCGAAGAGUCAGUCCUGCUGGUAGAGGCAGUCCUGGUAGCAGAGUAAGUCCUGGUGGCAGAGGCAUCUUUAGCAGUCCGACCAGUCCGCCCACAGCCGAAACAUCUAGCCCGACCCGACAUUUCAGCCCGGCGCGAAGUCCCGGAGUUUUUGACGUUUCUAACGAGGUCGAUUUCCGGUCGAAUCCAUCGACAACUUAUGUUACUUUCUCUCACACAUCAGUGAGACAGUUCUUCCGUGAUGGAAAUGAAAACACUGUUCAUGCUACCAAAGGAGGCGUCAUGGUUGGAUUUGACAUGAUGAAAGCUCGCAUCAGUGUCUUGAAGACUUGUCUGAGAAUCUUUAACGAUAGGUCAUGGUUCGAUAACCAGGAGCUGGAUCAUGGCAAGGAAGCUAUAAAACAAUACGCUGCAUGGUACUGGCAGGAGCAUUUGACAGCACUCGAUCCGGCAAGUGUUCCAUCAGAACAUAAGAAGGAGCUUGGCAUGAGCAUAUACAACAUGCUUACUGUCGAGGACAUCAUAUACGACUGGAGCACCAUGUAUGAAAAGAACAACGAGGGACUGGAGGUGCUUACCGACUCUAAUAUCAAAGGCCUCCGCAAAUGGCUCAAUGACCCCGAGAUCCUUGCGAGCCUCACGACUGAAGCGAAGCACUUUGUGGCCAAAUCGGUCAAAGAGGACUUGGGAAUAUGUCAAGCGAUCGGUCAAUUUUAUGCAAAACAAUGGCUUUGUGCAGACUUUUACAAAUAUGUUCCGACACUGUUUUGUUUUAAGAUUGUCCAAAAUGUGGCAUUCAUGAGCGAAGAACGCUCAUGGUCUCAGGCACAGAGUCGCUGGUCCGGAACGCCAAUUAGAGAGAGGGUGUUGAAAGCCAUCGAAUGGGCGAAUUAUCCCGAAACAGCGCAUUGGCAUCGACGGCUCGGAAGUACAUAUCUGAUGCUGGGACUCUAUAGCGAUGCCUUGAUCCAUUACAACAAAGCCCUUGAAUUGGAUCACAACAGCGUCGGAACCGCCGGGCGCAUUGCCUACUGCCUGUCCAAGUAUGGGCAGUACGAUGAGGCCUUGGCUCAGGCCCUAAAGUGUGCUGAGAUUGAAGAGAAAAGCAUUCAAGAUGGCGCGUUGCAAGGCUUUGCGCUGUCCAGCAGCAAAUGGCGGCUGUACAAAGAUUAUCUGCUUAUUGCACGCUGCUCUUACAUGACUGGGAAGAGAGAGCCUGCACUUGAGUACUUCCGCAAAGCAAUCGACAGCUCGCCAGCUGCAAAUUUGAACUCUUCUGAACACUUUGAGGCUGAGAUUGCUUAUUUGGAGAUGUUAGCAACCGAGAACUUACACCCUGAAAUGAUGAAGCUGCUCCACGAAUUGGCGAAGAAAACCAUCACCAAGGAGAAGGAGGCGAGUUUGUUAACCAAUCUACUCCUGGAAAAUUGCGAUAAGCACCUCACCAUGGAAUGGAUUCCCAAAGCAGCUUGUAAGACUGGAGAGGUAGAACUCAUAUUGCACCAAUAUGAAAUUGCCAUCGAGAUUGCUCACACUACACGCAACCAGAUGGGUGUUCUUUAUCUGCGUCUGGCAUAUGGGAACACCUGUGCGUACAAUCGCGAUCUCGAUCAGUCGAUUGCUAUCUUUGAGCAGAUUUCUUUGAUUGAAUAUAGGCCGCGCGGUAAUGUUCCAACGCGCCAUGGACAUGCAACCUCUUUCCAAAAGCUGUCUGCUCUAUAUAAGCAAAAGAUCCUUCAAACAGAUCUCACCUCUCCUGAAGCCAUGGAGUGGCUGGAGAAAUUAGAGCAGGUCCAAGAAAAGCAAAGCAAGCAUCAGAAUUUAGAUAUUCCCGCAGAUAAAUACGGCUCCGAUGUCAACAUUGCGUCUAUAUACCUCGCAAUGUUCUAUCGCCUCCUCAAAAAGGAGCUCGAGGCCCGACAGUUGCUGGGAAGCCUGGUCAUCAACAGUCUCGACAUUUUGCUCGACGAUGAGCCGCGCAACGACCGAUAUGCAGUGGAAAACCUGCUGCAAAUCUUUGUCGCGGCCAACGAUGCCGAAAAUGCGCAGGCACUGGCCCGAUCUAUGAGAAAAGUCAACCGAGCUGCUGCAAUGACCACGCCGCUGGCUUCUCCUGUACGCACAAGGGUCGAGCCGAAGCUGCCUGAUAUCCAGUCAGUCAAUAAAGCAUGCGCUCAAUGCUUGAACAACAUCUCUAUGGCUGAGAAUUUCUACCUGUGCCAACUUUGUGUGGACACUUAUUGCGAGAAGUGCUUGAAUGGAAUCAUCAAGCAGCCUGGGAACAAGACUGGCGAUCGCAAACUCGAUGUUGUUUGCCGCAGUGACCACGAGUGGUUUACAAUACCGCCGUUGAAUCAGUUUUUACACACUGGAGAAAUCCUUUGGAUUGAUGGCAUGGUGAAGAACUUUGGGGAGUGGGAAAGCGCAUUGAGAAAGAGGUGGUGCGAGAACAAUUGAUGUUUUGACUUGGUUGAAGACUGCGAUUAUUUUCUUUCAUUUGGCGAUUGAUCGGCAUUAUGUGAACAGGUUCCUUUUAGAGAGCACAAAAUACCCAAUAGCGAUUAAACAGAUUUCAUAAAUAGAGACAGUUUAUUAUUAUUAGGAUAAAUGAGAAGAAAAAAAGAAG